CCAUUCUCCUCCCCUUUGCACCCCAACUCAACCCGUUCCGUUUUCUGGUCCUUUUGGCGCCCGGAGAAACCAUUACAAUUCGCAUACGGAUCGAGAGAGUGAUUCUUCUUCCGUCGUCGCCUUUGGUGGCGAUCGUCGUUGUCGCUGUUGUGGUUCCUUUGCCCUCGAUCGAUCGAUCGAUCGAUUUCUUGGGAUCGAGGUUGAGAGAUAGAGAGAGAGAAGGGGAGGGAGCGAGGGAGGGAGGAUGUCGUUGGGGAGUAGCAGCAGCCGGAACCACUACGGGGAGUUCAACCAGAAGAUCGACUACGUGUUCAAGGUGGUUCUGAUUGGGGACUCGGCGGUGGGCAAGUCGCAGCUGCUCGCCCGCUUCUCCCGCAACGAGUUCAGCAUCGACUCCAAGGCUACCAUCGGCGUCGAGUUCCAGACCCGCACCAUCACCAUCGACCACAAGACCAUCAAGGCCCAGAUCUGGGACACCGCCGGCCAAGAGAGGUACCGAGCAGUAACAAGUGCUUACUAUAGAGGCGCAGUGGGGGCAAUGUUGGUCUAUGAUAUCACGAAACGACAGUCGUUUGACCAUAUGACGAGAUGGCUGGAGGAACUACGGGGGCAUACUGAUAGAAACAUUGUGAUAAUGCUCAUUGGAAAUAAGUCUGAUCUCGGAACUCUUCGUGCUGUGCCAAUCGACGAUGCCAAGGAGUUCGCCCAGCGCGAGAAUCUUUUUUUCAUGGAGACUUCCGCUCUUGAGGCCACUAAUGUUGAGAGUGCUUUUCUAACCGUGCUCACUGAUAUCUAUCGGAUCACGAGCAAGAAAUCCCUUGUUGCUAAUGAUGGGUCUGACUCUACUGGAAACUCAAGCCUGCUCAAAGGAACCGAGAUAGUAGUCCCUGGUCAGGAGCCUUCGAGUGGGACUAAAUCUACGUGUUGUGGGUCUACAUAGAUGGUGUAGUUUCCAUUGUCCAUUAGUUUUUUGCUUGUCAAAUGUAUCCGGAUAGAUUUUCUUCGUUCUUCUCUCUUGUUUUCUUUGACCAUAUUAGAAUAUGAUACACACAUCUUACUGUUCUUAAAAGAUGAUUAUUGUAAUAUGCUGAUAACUAGAUAUAUAUUUUGAAGGAUUUUUUAAGUAACAUGAAACUUUGGAUUCAA